GAGGAUGUCAUUUGGAUGUGCAGACGAAGUGAAUGCAAUGAGCUAAGACUUACCGCGAAUAGCCGGAGAAGAGAACCGGUACCCUCCACUAAGCCGACUUCAACCGAGUUCCGACUUGGAUAUAAAAGCCACCUCCAGAUGAAUACGUACGUGUUCUUUUUGGUUGCGGCAUUGGGCGUCCUAUCAAUAGCAACGGCAUUUCCGCAGAAGGAGGGGCAAGUUUUUAGUAACGAAGCAAUAAAGCAGGCCCAAAACACUUUCCUAAUCCCCAAGGAUGCUACCAUCCAGAAAGUCCAGGAAGGCAUCGAGCUGGCAGCUUACGAAUCGAUCCCUGGCAACCAGAAGAUCAACCUUUUCGAAAUACUUGGCGACCAGUUCCCUCCUGAGGUCGUAAAUAAUCUUCAAGCGCAAGUUGACCAAGUUGGCCGCAACUGAUUAUUAAUCAAGACGAAGCCUAUUCGACUCGCUAGAAGAUGGUCGACUUGAUAUCAACCUGCACUCAACUACCAUAUUUAUUCAUUAAGUCAUACACUUUACGAUUACGAGUUGUAUACCUUUUAUAUUUUCGUAAAUAAACAUGUACAAAUCUGUAACCGA